UUUGUGAAGAAUAGAAUGUGUUUAUUUGGUUGAGUAAUACAUUUGUUUUCGUUAUCAUGAGGUGUUAGGGUUAGGAAUUGUGCAUUUUAUUUAUUACAAGUGUUACGUUUUAGUGCGGUUUUUCUGGAAUACCACUAACUUUAAGUGAAUGAUUUUUGCAAAAAUGCAAGGAAACUUUGUGUUAAAAUUGGGAUUUUCUCCCAGUCAUAUUCAGUUAUCACUGCGCCAGAGGUUGUUGCCACUGUGUGCUCAACAGACAUGUGCUGCCCACAAACAAAGUUUUUAUGACAAGCUUAAUGUGCCACCCAAACCAAAAAAACCAAUGUCUCCAUUUUUAAUGUUUAUGGCACAAAUUAGGCCAACGCUUAAUAAAGAGUAUCCCGAAAAGAAAAUCACAGAAUUGGUCAAAAUAGGAUCAGAAAGAUGGGCAAACGUUGAUUCAAAGCUUAGAGAUCAAUUAACUCAACAGUACAAAGAAGAAAUUAUAAAUUACAAUAAAUUAAAAACUGAAUAUGAAAGCAAAUUGUCACCAGAAGACAAAGAGAAAAUUAAAAGAGCAGAGCUUCACAGUUUGGAUUUAAAAGAGCAAAGAAAAACAAAACAGAAAUCCAAAGAACUGGGGAAACCAAAGAGACCAAUGACAGCAUUUAUGAAGUAUUUAACAAGUAGAGUUAGUGAGAGAAAUAAGUAUACUGAACACAAAGAAUGGGUAAGAAGUGUAUCACAAGAAUGGAAAACCCUCAAUCCACAAAUUAAAGCCAAAUUAGAGACCGAAACAAAACAAGACUUUGAAAGUUGGAAUCAUGAAUUAAAAAAGUGGGAGGAGAAGAUGAUCAAAGAAGGAAAUGUAGAUGUUGUUCGAAGUAGUUCUUUGCCUCCGUUAUCCAAGACGAAGUUAAAACAAUAGGAUGAGGCGUGUCCUGGUUCAGAUCUGACGACAAGUUCAAGAAAUGAGUUGCCAGUAGACCGGGGCACGGAGGAUACACCACAAUCAGGACACGAUUUUAAGUCAGCUGCAAGUGAACGAACAUCUAAUCUGCAGACAUGCAUUGAAGAAAAUGCUCAUGGAUCAAGAAAUAAUUUAGAUGCAAGAAAAGGUCCAGAAAAAACUGACAGUGAAGAAGUGAUGCUGUCUCGUGAUUAUAAAACUAACAAAAAUGCUGAAGCUUGUACCCCAAAUUUGAAUACAAAUGCAAGUUUUGCUGAUAACCUUCAAACAGUUCCUCCUCAUGAAAAUGAAAGACUAGAUAAUAAAACAACUGAUCGUAAAAAUAUGGAUAGUACUGAGAAGAAACAUUUAACAGAUGAGAAGGACUCUGAUAAAGUAACAAAACUUAAACACACAGUGGCCAAAGCCUUGAGUUUUAUUUUUAGAAAAUAAUAGUAAUCUUAUGAAACUAUGUUGUUUGUAUUUUUUAUAUUAUAUCCUCUAUAAUGUUGAAUAUUUUCUUUGCUUAUUUCAAUUUACUGAUGUUAAAUCUUAGUGUUGUUGUUGACAUGUUACAUUACACAUCAAGAAUGUAGGGUAAGUUUUGUUUUAUUUCUUCAACUUUUUGAUUGUUUGAAAUAAUGUUUCGUAUAACUACAUACAAUCUGUAAGAAUUUA